GACAGCGGCCAGGGUGCAUUAUACAUCACAAUGUAGUUCUAUGCCUGGCCGGUAGAUGUCCGUAGCAGUCUCGAAUCAUUUUCACCUGCCGGCCGAGAGAGUUCAGGUUGCGAGCAGGAGAUUUCAAGAAGAGGGGGACGCAGGUGAGAACUCGGGCGCUGAGUUCCAGUCAGUCGACGGAGGUAUUUCGCGUCGCUCGGUAGCUGGUUGAAGACCACGCGAUUCUUACGAAGUGCUAUCGUAGCCAAUGCAACAGUGAACGUGUGUUACAGUGAUGUUUUCAGUGAUGUGAUACGAAGUUGUUUAGUGGCGUUUGUGUCGGUCGUUUUAAUUUUUUGACAGCACAUGUAGUGUGUUGCUGUACUACUGCUGUUCUACACGUGUCCAGCGGUUCGAACAUAGUGACUAUUUUUCAUAUUAUUUUAUUACAGUCUUUUGUUAACACGGCGGACCGAUGACCGACUACGAGCUCAUCAAGCGCUCCUGCCUGAAGCGGGGCGAGCUCUGGGAAGACCCCGAGUUCCCCGCCACGCAGGCGUCCGUCUUCUACCACCAGACGCCGCCCUUCCAGUUCGUCUGGAAGAGACCCAAGGAGCUAUGUAACCGGCCAGUGUUUGUGCACGACGUGCCUUCCCAAUUCGACAUCGUUCCAGGAAAAAUGGGCGACCGGUGGCUGGUGUCGUGCCUGGGCGUGCUGUACCUGAGCAAGGGCCUCUUCUACCGCGUGGUGCCGGCCGACCAGACGUUCGGCAGCCCCGACCAGUACGCCGGCGUGUUCCGCUUCCGGCUGUGGUGGUGCGGCGGGUGGGUGGAGGUGCUGGUGGACGACCGCCUGCCCACCGUGCACGGCCGCCUCGCCUUCCUGCAGGCGCAGAACUCGGACCAGUUCUGGCCGGGCCUCUUCGAGAAGGCCUACGCCAAGCUGCACGGGUCGUACGAGGCACUCAAGUACGGCACGCUGCUGGACGGGCUGUCCGACCUGACGGGCGGCAUCACGGAGAGCAUCAGCAUCCGGCAGGACCCCACCACGUGCGGCCGCAUGCUCAGCAAGCUGCUCGAGAUGACGUCCAUCACCACGUGCACCGUGCAGAGCACUGCCACGCAGCUUCGUAAUCAAGUGGAAAAAUUGGCCAAUGGGAUCCAUAUAGGAACGAACUACCGCCUGUAUGCUGUUGAAAGAGUGGAGACGUUCAGCGGGGAGCCCGUGCAGCUGGUGAAGCUGCGCAACCCGAUGGGGCCCGGCGGCGAGUACGUGGGCACGUGGGCGCGCGACUCCGUGGACUGGGACGAGGUGCCGCCGCAGGAGAAGGAGCGCCUCGCCGUGCGACACAUGAGCGACGGCGAGUUCUGGAUUUCAUAUUCAGACUUUGUGAAGACUUUUACUCAUUUAGAAGUUGUUCACUUGGACAAUACAUUCCAUAUCAAUCCACAAUUGCACCUCAUUCUCAGUGAAAUGGAAGAAGUCAUUAUAUCAUUAAAUCAGCAUAGCAUUAUGGAACCCAAAGUAAUUGGCUUCACAGCUUACUCCUUACCAAAGAAUAACACAGAAACUAUUGGUAAACAGUUUUUUAAGAAAAACAAAUCCCUUGUUAAUUCUCAGUAUACAAAUAGUAGACAGGUGAGCCAUCGAUGUCAACUAGAACAAGGUGGUUAUUUGGUACUUCCCACCACAUUUGAACCAGGACAGGAAUCAAAUUUCACUCUCAGAGUAUACUCAAGCAAACCAUUAAAAUUAAAAUUAUUAGAUACUCAUCCUUCCCUGAUUAAAUCAGCUAUUAUUAAGGCUCCACUAUCACUGGAUGGCAAAAGCUUCAGUCAAUAUGAAGCAGUAUUUCUUCAGCUGGCUGAUGAACAUCGAACAGUUAAUGCAUUUGAGCUGCAAGAACUCCUGGAUGCUUGUCUUCCUAAUGAUUAUAUCAAAAGUUGUGCUUGUAUGGAAAAUACUGGAGGAGGGCGAUUGAAAUUUAAUGACUUUAAAGAUUUCAUGUGUAGUUUGAAAUAUUGGCAGACUGCUUUCAAAAAUCAUACAAAAGAAAAGACAGGGAUAUUGAAAGCAGAAAGGCUACGGGAUGCACUUCUUGAAAUAGAUGUUUUUGAAACAAAAGAUCCUCUUCAAAAUGGCAGCAUAAAGCUCAAUCUUGCAGAUUGGUUGAAAUCAUCACUGACGUGUUGAAGCACUCCUGUACAAGUGUCAACACCAUAUUAAGUACAGAAUCUUCAAAAAGUAAAUAAAGAGUAAUUUUGUUAAUUUACUUUUUUAUAUAUUUGUUUUUCUUGUAAAUUUUGUACAUAAAAUUAAUGCACAUAAAGCAAUAAUGUUCUAUUUUUGUUUUGAUUAAACAUCCAGCUCUCAAGUUUUUGUAUUAUUUAUGUACUUAUAAACACUAUUUUUUAUAACAGUGAAUUUAAAAUGUACAGAAUGGUGUGUAUGUUGUGAAACAUCGUGAAAGAAAGUAAAUUCAUUGAAAAUGAGUUGGCUUGUAUACCUGUAUCCUUUAAAUAAUCAAAGGAAUUUCAUAAUUCAUAUUGAGAUUGAAAACUCAAAAAAUGAAACUAAACAAAAAAGAAAAUGACAUAUUUUCUGAUUAUACAAAGAAAAGAAACAAACUGGCUUUUAAGUAGUAAAAUAUUGUUCCACUUUGACAUGUAUUCGAGAAAUGUUUGUACUUAAUGUUAUGUUUAAGUAAAGAGAAUGAAUGCCACUACAAUGAAAUUGUUCAGUGGAAAUUUAAAUAUCAAUUUGUUUAUAAUAUACAUGAGGAUUUAUAUAUUAGAAAAUAUUUUUAUACUGUUAUCAAUGAACACUUGCCAAAAAUAGUUUUGUUACUAAAGGUAUUUAUUUCAUUAUUACUGUUAUUAAAUGUUUAAUUUUUGAGUAAAAAAAGAAAAAUAGAAUUAGCGGAUGCAAGUCAGAAAUCAAAUAUCACACCAAUACCUUAUCCUCAGGAAAAAUGUUAGUAACAGUCACUUGAAUAUUAUAAUGUACCAAUUAUGAUUCUAAAAACAUUUAGUUAUAGAUGGCAUUACACUUUUUUGCUCUGCUAGUGCUAUGAACGUUAUACAUAAGUCUUGCAAGCUCUCUUCUAAAGUGUAGCACUGCUCAAUGUAAAUAUGUAAUAAAAAUGUACAAAGUAAUAGGUAUAUGUGAAUAAAAACAUUUUGUUUACAAAUAAAUA